CGACGCUCGACUCGCAGCAUCACUACGGCAGAUGUCGUUGGAGUUGCAGUCGGUGCGAGACGAGCAAGAGAAGCUACGGCAAGAAAACGAGAAGCUGGCUACGAAACUCAAACGGUCAGCAGAGGGACAACUAGGUGCCAAAGUGGAGUUCUUGCAGAGGAUCUUGGAAGGCGAAACGGAUCCUGGAGUUUUGAACCUGAGUCAAGUGGAAUUAUGCUUGGUAUGUAACUUCAAACUCGAUUAUGCAUUCAGACGCUGUUUAAAAAUGGCAUGUUCUUUAGAAUGUGAGACAGCUUCUAUUUGUUCUACUCCUUCUUCUAACCUCUCGCUACGCCGCCGCCUAUGAGCGCGAUGGUGCCAACGGCGCUCGUGCGAAGUUGCUAGAAGACGAAAAGGAGCUUCGAACAGCUGUGCGGGAAGCGUUAGAGACAACGAGACAAGCCCAAGGUAUUUCCGCAGAUGGAGCUUUAUCAGGAUUGAGCACAGCCGUUGGGAGUGAUGCAGGUAGCGCUUCAACGAGUCCGGUAGAAGAGGGAUCCGUCGUUUCGAGUAUCGGCGCAGUUGAGACUGCAUCAUCUUCACCGACUACCACAGGAGACGGCCCUCCUCA